CAUGCAAUAAGUCUCUCUCUGUCUACCGAACCUUGGUCUUCUGCAUUCCGUUGGUGGGCUGGGCGCGUGGCUGAGCAGUCAGACAGUGCGGUCUCAAGGGGCAGCUGGCAGCAGUACCACAGUCGUCAGUGGCAUACAGCAGAGGUAAAAAAAGGAAGAAGAGCGUUUACAACAGUGGCGACGGAGGUGUUGAACAAUCAUGGCCAUUUCAUUCGAGCAGAUGCAGUCCCUACUUCAGCAGCGGCAGCUUCAGUUUGAAAAAUCACAGCGGCAGUUAAUUCAGUUGUUAUCAGAAAAACUCAACAUUCAAGUGGAAUGGGAACCGGAACCGAGGUUAACAUCCCAGGAAAUUGUAUCUGAAUAUCACAAGCUGCUCAGUUUGAAUCAUGACCCAGAAAUGAUUGCAACUUCAGAUCACAGUGUGGAACCCCAGCCCUGCCAUACAGUCAUUUGUGGCCAAAAUGUGAAUGGAAAUGUGCCGAACCGGAAGCUUCCGACUGCAUUAUGGAACGGUGAUGGGAGACAUUCUGUGAGAAAUUGCGCCCACACAAAUCAUCAUUGUCAAAAAGCGCACCAAUUCAGAUGCGCGUAUACUCCAAGGUUACAAGCCAGUUACAAAUUCAAAAGAAACAGGUAUCGCGGCACAGUGAGAGAGACGGCUUUUGCAGUAUUUCGUACACACUUUUCAGGGAAGAGGAAAUACCCCACAGUGAAACGCAAGAAUGUUCCGAUAUCGCUGCUGCCAGAAACGUUGUAUGCUCCCAAGAGCCUUUCUCGUGGGACGCGGGCAAUACUUGGCACAUCGUCAGUCAAACCCACAAUUCUAACGGUUCAAAAGAUUUCAGAGGAACCUCUGCAGCUGAAAGGAAGAAUCGCCUGUGAACGCAGACUCAAUGAUUUGCUACACUAUGGAAAAAUCUACCCAGUAUACUGUGCCAAAGUUAAGCUGCACGGAACCAACCGGAUUACGAGGUUAGAUUUGCUCAAAGAAUCGAUGACUCAUGUGAGUUCGGUAACGACUGUUACUCUCUGCAAUAUUGGUCGUACCUAUUUUAAAUUCUUAUGUCUGUACCAGCUACCAGUACGGGCGACAUUGAUGUCUUGGCCGAAGCCCGAACCACCAUGGUCACAGAUCCACGUGGACCUAGGUGGAUUCCCAAGUCGGAAGAGCUGUGAUUUUCAGGUAACCCAAUUUUUAAGAGAGGGAGGUGUUACGGAGAGAGACUAGCAUUCAAGCCGAGAAAGUGCAUCGAUCUGCAAUUAGAGAUCGAACUCGAUUAUAGAUCAAAAUGAGAAUUGCUGCAGACUCAGAGGCAAGUUGGAUCACGAACCUGAACCAUUUGAGUUGUGUUAAGUAACGCCAAUUAGCAUCUUUAAUAUUGUUGUUUAAGUAUUUGCUCACAACCUAUUUAUUGGACCGUGCUCUCAUGCAAUAAGUCUCUCUCUGUCUACC